AUGAUUCCUGGUUCUUCUCCCACCCCAAUGGGGGAGAACCAGGAAGAUCCAGAUCCUCUGGGCGGCUCCUUCCUGCUGGGUAUUGGGGUCUGGGUGUUGGUGGACCCAAUGGGCUUCAGGGAGAUUGUGGCUGUUAACCCUGUGCUGUUCACCGGGGUCUACAUCAUCCUGGCCAUGGGGGGCAUGCUGUUCCUGCUGGGCUUCCUGGGCUGCUGUGGAGCCAUCCGAGAGAACAGAUGUCUGCUGCUGUUUCAUUUUGUUUGUGUCUCGUCCCAGUUAACCAGAGAAUACUUCAGCAGGGAGCUGAAACGUCAUUAUCAAGGCCGUAACAACACCGACGUCUUUACAUCAACAUGGAACGUCGUCAUGACAACGUUCGACUGCUGUGGUAUCAGCGGCCCUGAAGACUUCGAAGAGAGCCUCUUCAGGCUCCUUAAUCCCAACAAAAUGGUUCCUGAGGCCUGCUGCCAGGUGACCGGGUACCUCGGAGAGGCUGGCGUGGAGCAGUGCGUCAGCGGCAGCGUGGCGUUUCGCCACAACAAGGGCUGCUACUCAGCGAUGGUUGAAUACUUUGAGACGUACAUCUACUCUGCAGGAGCUCUGGUCAUCGUGGUGCUGACGGUCGAACUCUUUGCCAUGGUGUUUGCCAUGUGUUUAUUCAAAGGCAUCCAGUGACUUCCUCUUCAUCCUCCUCCUCUUCAUCCUCCUCCUCCUCAGCAGCAGCUGUCAGGAGGAGAGCAAAAUGUCUUUCUGUGUCGAGGUUUUAUGAUCAGCCGGAUGUCUGAGGUCCUACUUUGGUUCAGGGAAAAAACAUGAUGGAACAAAUUUUCUCUUCAGGCAGAACAGGAACACCAGCCAAUUCACACACAGGUUCAAAACAUCCAGGCAGGUCUGUGAUGGUAGUCUGGACCUGCUAAAGCAAGAUGUUUCCCAAAGAUAGGCUGAAAUUAGUCUGAUUCUGUUUUAUUUAAUUAAUAUGUCAACUUUAAGCUUAAGAGUUUUUGGUGAAAUUAAACAUCAGCUUCUAGUUUUCAUUCUUUGAUCUAUUUUUUUUUGUCCAAAAUUUGAACAUUAUCCCCUCAGAGACAGUGAUUAAAAAUGAAAAAGUUGCUCAUGAUUAAAAAAAAAAGGUGAAAUAGCUCCCCCUGGUGGCAGAGGGCAGAUUGUUGUCCAUAAUUCCCCUUGCAGUUUGUUCAAUCUUUAUUUCCAAUUAUAUCAAAGAGUUUGUGAAUAAAAGGGGAAGGUUUUGUUGUGAAUAAAUAUGUGUUUGUAAAAACUAAACAUUGUUUAUAGCUGCUGUUUUGUCUGUGAUCAGAUUCAU